AUGGAGCUGAUUGAAGAUACUUCUGGCAACACAGCUUUGAUGCUGGCAGCUUACAAUGGCAGGCUCGAGGUCUUGCGCUUCCUGGUUGAAGCUGGUGCCCAGCUUCACGUUCGAUCCAUGGGCGGUGAGACGUGUUUGAAUCUUGCAGCCCAGAAGGGGGGUGCUGAUGUGGUGCGCUAUCUCUUGGAACUGGACCUUGACAUGGAUGCCGCAGACGACACCAAAACAAACUCCUUGAUGUUGGCGGCUCGCUAUGGUCAGGUGGGAGCUGCACGUGUGCUGCUGGAGAGCGGGGCCAACAGAAACUUGGUGGAUAUCGCCGGCGCCACGCCGCUGAUGCUCGCAGCUUUCCAAGGCCACAUCGAAAUCAUAAAGAUGCUGCUUGAGGCUUCGGUAGAGCCAGACGUGGUGGACACUGACGGCGGCACGGCCCUGUACCUGGCCUCCCACGAGGGGAAGAAGGAUGUGGUGCGCUUGCUACUGCAGGCCCGCGCUAAUCCGGAUGCGGCUACCAAGCGGGGCACCACAGGUUUGAUGAAGGCUUCGCUGAAUGGUCACGAAGAUACAGUGCAUUUGCUUCUCCGCGCGGCCGCAGACCAAAACAGAGUUACCGAGGCGGGAUCCACUGCGCUGAUGAUGGCAGCUUUCGAGGGCCAUCUCGAGAUCGUGGAGGCUCUCUUAGACAACGGCUGCAUUCGGGACUGGAGGGACACGGAGGGCACCAGCCGCGGAAUCUGCCCCAUCAUGGACUGGGCCGACAAUGAGGGCACCACCGCCCUUAUGGAAGCCUCGCAACAGGGCGAGAGGAACGUCGUACGGCUGCUUUUAAGCCGACGUGCCGAUACGAAUUUGAUGGACAGGAACGGUAAGACGGCCUUGAUGUUGGCCUCCGAAGAAGGCCAUGAAUCAAUAGAGCCCUUGCUUCGGGCGAGUCCCUUUGGCGGCCAGCCAUGUAUAUGA